AUGAGUUGCAGAAACAAAUUCAUAGAUUCGUUGCGGGUAUGCUCCGAAUGCAACGUAGCCAGGGAUCAGUAUGAAUUUAGUGGGUGUCCUCUGAAACAAACCGAAAAGACUCCAACACCUCGCACGCCCUACUUCUCGAUUGACAUUGAGACCACCGGCCUCGACCCCGAAUGGUGCCAGAUUCUUGAAUUCGGUGCCGUGUACGAAGACUGGGAAACGCCAGUCGAUAAGCUGCCGUCGUUCCACGCCUACAUCGUACAUGAACGCAUCGUCGGUAUGCCGUACGCCUUGCAGAUGCACCCAGAAAUCUUGAAGAAGAUCGCUGAACGCCAUUUGCACCUUGACUGCAAGUUCCUCAAGCCUGUUGACCUUUUCGACGAAUUCAACGUCUGGCUAUGGGACCUAUCGAAGACUCACAAGGAUGCGUUCGAUAGCAGACGAAUCAACGUUGCUGGAAAGAACUUUUCUGGCUUCGACCUCCAAUUCCUGAAAAAGCUGCCUGGAAACUGGGACCUCAUCCGACAUCGGGUGAUCGAUCCGGGGACUCUCUUCUGGAACCCGGAUGAAGACAAGGAAUUGCCAAACACACAAGAGUGUUUGACCCGUUCCGGCGCAGUUAGUUGGGUUGCCCAUACGGCCGUGGAAGACGCUCGACAAGACGAGUGGGUGAUCGAGCGGACCGAUGGUCUGCGGGAUGGAUUCUUUGUGGAAGUGGGCGCACACGAUGGGGUCCGCCACAGCAACACCUUGACACUUGAGAAAGAGUUCGGCUGGACCGGAAUCCUCAUCGAAGGUGACCCACGAUUGCACAAGAGGUGCAUGAUAUACCGACCGAACUGUAACAACAUCAAUACCAUUGUCGGCCCUGGGUACGGCGAAGGUCUGUUUAUCCUUGGGGAUCAGUUCGGCGGGCUUUGGGAGCAUAUGCCAGAGAACUGGCAGAAGGAACACCGAAGCCGAUCGACACCGGUUGUGGAUUGCGAGACCAAGCCGCUAAUCGAUGUACUUCGCAAUCGGACGCCACCCGUCAUCGAUUACCUAAGCAUUGACGUAGAAGGGGCUGAGUAUGAAAUCCUCAAGUCGUACUUCGAGUCCCGAGCACUGAAGCCGACGGUGCGUUAUAUGACAGUCGAGUUCCGGCUAGACAAGCACUACCUAGACAAGCUGAUUGAACUUCUUGACCCGUGGUUCGAGCUUGAAGAAGUGAGAGCCUGGGACGCCUGCUUCGUGAAUAGGACACUCGGUUAA